AUGGUAUACGCUGCCUGGACUCUCCUUAGCCUUGCUGCUCUCAGCCAUGCGGCUGAGAAGCGGGCUGGCUCGGCAUCAGCAUACAGCUCCAACUCUGCUGGGAACUACAAACUUUCAUCCAUCGCAGCUCCUGUCCAAGGCAGCGGCAGCCCCGGAUCAGAGUCAACCUGGCAGCUAAGUAUAGAUGAUACAAGCUCCGGCCACAAGCAGACAAUUGUCGGCUUUGGCGCGGCAGUUACCGAUGCGACGGUGACUUCUUUCAACACGCUCUCAAGCUCCAACCUCCAGGCCCUUCUCCAGGACCUGAUGACCAGCUCCGGUGCCGACUUCAGCUUAAUGCGCCACACUAUCGGAGCCUCAGAUCUAUCGGGAGACCCUGCAUACACCUACGAUGACAACGGAGGUGCGGCGGACCCGUCCUUGUCAGGCUUCAGUCUGGGAGAUCGCGGUACCGCGAUGGCGAAAAUGCUGGCCACGAUGAAGUCAUUGCAGUCCAGCCUGAAGAUCUUUGGAUCUCCCUGGAGUGCCCCGGGUUGGAUGAAGCUGAAUGGUGUUAUCGACGGGACCACAACCAACAACAAUCUGAACGAUGGGUAUCUGAGCGGAGGCACGGGGACCUCAGGGUACGCCAGUGCAUUCGCGAACUACUUCGUGAAAUACAUCCAGGCCUACGAGAAUCUCGGUGCCCAUAUCGAUGCAAUCACUAUCCAGAAUGAGCCUCUGAACAGCCAGUCAGGCUAUCCGACAAUGUAUGUCUACGCAGAUGAAUCUGCGCAGCUCAUCCAGAAUUACAUAGGUCCUGCUCUUGCAAACGCCGGCCUGAACACGGGUAUCUGGGCCUACGACCACAACACCGAUGUGCCUUCUUACCCUCAGACCGUCAUCAACGGCGCUGGCAAAUACGUCGACUCCGUUGCCUGGCACUGCUACGCCUCCAACGUUGACUGGAGCGUCCUAACCCAAUUCCACAAUACAAACCCCUCCGUCAAUCAGUACAUGACCGAAUGCUGGACUCCAGCCGGAACCUGGAACCAAGCCGCCGACUUCACCAUGGGCCCGCUCCAGAAUUGGGCAUCCGGAGUCGCAGCCUGGACUCUGGGGACCGACAGCUCCGACGGACCGCAUCUCUCCAGUGGUGGCUGCUCUAACUGCCAGGGCUUGGUCACGAUCAGCGGAGGCAGUUAUACGUUCAACCCAGCUUACUACAUGAUUGCGCAGUUUAGCAAGUUUAUGCCGCCCGGUGCGAUCGUGCUCAAUGGUAAUGGCAGUUAUACUUAUUCGAAUGGUGGUGGUGUGCAGUCUGUUGCGUCGCUGAACCCUGAUGGGACGCGCUCGGUUGUUAUCGAGAAUACCUUCAGCAAUGAUGUCUAUGUGACGGUGUCGACGCAGAGUGGGCAGGAGUGGAGUGGGAAUAUUCCGAGCGAGUCUGUUACUACCUGGGUGCUUCCAGCGGUGUAA